AUGGAGCAGCAAGCGCAGCUCACAGCCGCUGCACGGCAGCAACAGCAGUGCUCGACAGGCACAGCGACAAUCACGCGGAGCACGAACGAAGAGGCCUUCGACUCCGUGCGCCAGGCAGCCGUAGUGAUGUUCAAGCAGCGGACCAAAGACCUCACUCGACUCACGCAGGUGGAGACGCAGUGCCAGGCCAUCGAGGCGGAGCUGCGCCAAGCCCAGACGUGUGUGACACAACUAAUGGCGCAACAAGCGUCGCUGGAAGCCCUUGUGGAGGAAGAGCAGCAGCGCACUCGCCAGCGAGAAAGUCGACUGCAGGAACUGCACAGCGCUCUUUUACAGCUGGACGAAGAGCAGCAGACAAGUGGUAAGCUGCAACGGUCGGCAGAGACCGCGAUCGGCGCGGCGACGUCGUUCAUUCGAACGUUUACCAACGCGGACGGGCGCCUCUUUCAGCUGCUCACUAUGGCCAGCGCGCGGACGGCAGGCCGCAGCGCGCUGGAGCUGCAACGCCUGCUCGGGGACAUUCAGCAGCGGCUUGUGGCCGCAGAGGCGCAUCGCCAAGGCCUCAUGUGUUUACCUUCUUUCUCGCUCACUGUCGAGGCCUCCGCGAGCGGUGAUUUGCGUGACACCGCCCCACCCUCCUCGACGGCAGUGGUGUCCGCCGAUGUCUCCACCACCGGCGUGUCGCAUGUACUGCAUGAGUGGGCGGCCAAGAUGGACUGGGCCAAGCAUCGCGAGCUUGCGGACGUUGUGCAGAUCAUGCAGCAGCUCGUGGCGUGGCUUUCCACGGAUGGCAAGGCUCAAGAGGAAGCUCAGCAGGCAGUUGGCGUGGAAAGAGCGUCGUGUGAGUGGGGCUUGCCGUGGCCACCGCUGCCGCCAUUCACCGAGGACGCCGUGACGGAGGUCCACUGGUUCGGAUCACCGUCACCGCCCUCCACGACUUUCCAAACCGAUACUCACGGCUGCAGCUCUGCGGAGGUGGCGGCUGAUGACGGAGGAACGCGCGCAACCCUUCCGCUCGACGAGUGUGCGGUGGAUGUUGAUGACAACGUGGUUCCAAGCAGCGAGGUCGUGCAGCUUGUCGUGCAGCAACACCUCCUUGCCCCACUGCAGGCGAUAUCGGCGUACAACGCGCAUCUCGCAGCUGUGUGUGCACAGCAGCACCUUCAGCUCUCUGAAGAUGCGCCGUCACUCGCCGCCUCGCUAACCGCAGCACAGCAGCGGUGGCUAUCCUUUCACGCGGCGUGGCAGGAGUGGCGUGAGGAGGUGCUGAAAACGCAGGCGGCCGCGGAAGCGGCCACAGCCGCAGCGAGGGAGCUGGAUGCGGCGCAAGCGGCACUCCGAGCGUUGCAACGAAACUGUGAAGAGCAGUCGCACAACUGCGCAUCUCGCAAGAAGGAGGUGGCGAACCUCAAGGAGGCGGAGAUCAGCCACUACGCUGCGGCGUGGUCGAGGGGCGUGUGCGCGUCGCAAGCGCAGCGCGACUCGUUCUGUGCAAUGUCUGACGCCAUCAUGUCACUUACAGAGGAGGCGUCAGCACUGGCUACCGCUUUGCACGACGACUCCGAGCACCACGCCCACGAGACCCACGCGCGCGAUGUCGCCCUGGCUGAACAGCAAGAGCAGCUCACAGCGACGCGGCAGCGCGUGGCAGUCGCCAAGACGCGGGUCACGGCGCUGGAGGCGGAGUGUGCAGAGGCGCAGCGCGUGCAGCAGCUCGUGCGAGAUCAGCAUGAGGAGCUGUUGUCGUGCGCCACGAGGUGCCUACAACCUCCCCCCCGCGCUGCCGGCAACAACGACGAUGGCGAAAACACCAAUGAGAGCGCCUCCAGGGAUCUUGGUGAGUUGCCGGUGGCUUGGUGUGCGGCGAGCGUUGCACGGAAACUGCUAAAUUCGGCCACAGCAUGCUCGCCGGCGCACGCGACAUGGACGGAGCGUCUUGUGGAGCUGGCAUCGGAGCCCCAUGACCCCGCAGGGGGGGACGACAAGGGCAGUCUUCGCACCCCCUCCGUGUCGCAAUUCUUUGCACACUUGAUGGACCGCUGCGGUGGGGGUCAAGCAGCUGGCAGCGAAUCGGGCAGCGAGCACGCACUCGAUGCGGCGGCAGUUCGAUUGGCCAUACAGGACACGGCUGCAGGUCUGCGCCUCCCAAGCGACCUCUUCCUCGACGACGUCGUCGAUGCAGAGCUCUUGGCUCAGGUGCCAUGCCUUCGCACAUGGCGGAGCGCAGAACAGGCCAUCCGUGCGAGCGUCGAUGAGCACCAUGAGUUCAUGUGCGACGCGACGGCCGAAAUCUCCAUCCUCCGCAGCGAGUUGGCGACCACGGAGAAGUGA